AUGAAAAAUUUCACAGAAAGCUUAUACCCUGUACCGAAAUUUGUAUCACUGUUUCCCAUAAAAACACAGGAAGAACUGGAUAGCAUUGAAUCCCAUACAAGCACCGAAAAUGAAACCCAAAUGGUUGCAACCGUUUUUCACGUUAUUAAGAAUGGCGGCUUUAAAUCAAACUUGCUGUCGAUUUUUAGCGAAAACGUUAUAAUGGACCACAACAUUGAUGGUAAACAAGGCAAGACCCCGCUGCUCCGUUAUACGAAGCUUAUGAAUGUCUUUAUUCAAGCGGCUCAAAAGCUUGGCGUUACUGAAAACGAAUGCCUGCUGGAAUUGCGUUGCGCAUUUAAAUCGGUCAAAAACCGCCAUCACAAGGCCUCUUGCCUGAAGAGGAAACGCUCAGGACCUGAAACUGAAGCGACAACAGAAGCAGCAUCUGAAGCUACAACAGAAGCAGCAACUGAAGCUACCACAGAAACUACAUCAGACUAAAGUCUAACUAAAAUACUUAACAUUAAGUUUUAUUUCCAUAAACAUAUAUUUAUACAACAAACAAAAAAGAAUGAACUGAAU